GAUGUGACAGCCGAGGAGGGACUUCACUCAUGGUGCCUUGGAUUGUGAACGCUGUUCUUCGCACUGCUGUUACAUUUUCAGAACACCGUGUGCCCGUCGGGACUAUUUGGAGGAACUGUGAUGAAGGGUUUGCUACUUGAGGAGAUGUACUUGUGCAGGUACUGUGCCUCAUGCGGGUUGCACUCUCUUUGUACUGACCCGGAGCGUUACGCGCAACGUAGUUAGUGGAAGGCAGGUCCGCGCACCCAGUCUUAGCUGUUUUGGAGAGGAAAAGGGCGCAAACAAACAUGAUACGAAAGGACAAAUUGGAGGCAGAAUGGAUUUAACCCGGUUAAAUCUGUUGGUGGAAAACGUCUCCAAUGAUGAGAACACCACGGACGCACCGCUUGCCUUGCCUCACACGGAGGCAUCCACUGCGCUCAUCAUCGUGGUAGUUACUGUGAUCAUUUUGGUGACCAUUGUCGGUAACGUUUUGGUGAUUGUAGCGGUGCUGACCAGCCGGGCUCUCCGUGCGCCCCAAAACCUUUUCCUGGUCUCUCUGGCAUCCGCGGACAUCCUGGUGGCCACGCUGGUCAUCCCCUUCUCCCUCGCCAAUGAGGUCAUGGGCUACUGGUACUUUGGAAGUACUUGGUGCGCCUUCUACCUGGCUCUGGACGUGUUGUUCUGCACCUCAUCCAUCGUGCACCUGUGCGCCAUCAGCCUAGACCGCUACUGGUCAGUGACAAAGGCGGUCAGCUACAACCUGAAGCGGACACCUAAGCGCAUCAAGUCCAUGAUUGCUGUAGUGUGGAUCAUAUCUGCGGUCAUCUCCUUCCCUCCUCUUCUCAUGACCAAACAUGAUGAAAGGGAGUGCCUGCUGAAUGAUGAGACCUGGUACAUCCUCUCCUCCUGCCUGGUGUCCUUCUUCGCUCCGGGUCUCAUCAUGAUUCUGGUUUACUGUAAGAUCUAUAAGGUGGCCAAGCAGCGCUCAUCCACUGUCUUCGUGGCCAAGAACGGCCUGGAAAGGCAGCCCUCUCAGUCCGAAACCUGUUUCGUUAGGAAGGACCGGUUCGAGAUGGAGAGCCCCAGUAGCCAGAGCUCCGGAAGCCACCAGCAGAAGCAAGGGGAGCUGGACGACAUCGACUUGGAGGAGAGCUGCUGUCCGUCGGAUACUAAACCCCGCAAUCAUCGCUUCACCAAACGGAGGAAGGUGGAGGGGUCAGAGUGCUGCCCGCCUCAGAACUGCCGUCUCUCGUGGGCUUCGGCUCGGGCGUUACAGCUCUACCCAGAGCAGAAGAUCCCAGCCUCGCGCCAACAGCUGGCCGCGGCCAACAAGACCAAAGUGGCCCAGAUGCGGGAGAAACGCUUCACCUUCGUGUUGGCAGUAGUGAUGGGGGUGUUUGUGCUUUGCUGGUUCCCAUUCUUUUUUACUUACAGCCUGCAUGCUAUCUGCAGAGAGAGAUGCUACAUCCCUGGCGCACUUUUCAACCUUUUCUUUUGGAUUGGCUACUGCAACAGUUCUGUGAACCCCAUAAUAUACACUAUUUUUAACAGGGACUUCAGGAAAGCCUUUAAGAAAAUCGUAUGCAGAACUUCCAAACGCACAUAAAUACAAAAAAAAAAAUGGUUCUUGGGACAAAUCUGUAUGCCUCUCUCACUCAACAGUGCUGGGAAGGGAUUGUAUUAUUAGGACUCAUUCUUCUUGGCUGACUUGUUUUCUCACCCAAAUAAUUUUAAUGUAAAUACUAUUGUAUUGAGAGAGAAAAAGAUCCAGUGCUGUGUACAUAUUUAGAACUCUGAAUAAAAUGUAAAGUGGAGCAAAAACAAAAGAGACAGACUUUUAGUGCUUCACUGUUGCAAACUUGAUGCAAUCAUCCCACAUGGUCAGUUAUUUAAUCAUUAGAUGCAUUUAUGCCACUUGAGCAAAGCUGUAAUAUAUAGGUCAUUGUAUAAUAAGUCCUGAA